CUAGACAACUUGGGAGAGUGUUGACUAACAAUUAGUAUAGUUUGAUACUACUUCUGUUUUUAUUUUUAUUUUUUAUUAUGUGUAAUAGAGAAAUAUUUUAUGUCUCACUAUGGUUUUUUACGGGUUAUCAUUUACCACUUGUCCGGACAGGUAGAUAUAUUUUAUUAUAGAAAUUCAAAUUGGGCGGUGAUUUGCUUUGCGUGCGGACUCAAAGCAAGUGGCAAUAUGGACCGCCCCAUAUUUUACCAAUGGGCGGCCAUAGCAUAACUCCAGCUGCGUAUCAUUCUUGCCAAAUUCUGUGAUUGGCAGAAUCAUUACCUCCUUGGGAAUUGUAAAGUCUGACCAACAAUUGUACCAACUAGCAACUGCAUUCCUUUCCUACAUAUUCAUCCUUCCUUCAGCUCAAUUCGCUCCAUCUCCAUUCUCCUCUCUCACUUCACCCGCGUUCAACUUUCUCUCUCCGGCGACGUGAUCGGAAGUCAUUACCUAAAAAUGGCCUCUGUCAAUCGUUGGUUGAGACCUGAGGUUUAUCCUUUGUUAGCCGCGGUUGGAGUUGCUGUUGGUAUCUGUGGUUUACAGCUCGUUCGUAACUUCUGCAUCAACCCUGAAGUCAGGGUUACCAAGGAGAACAGAACUGCUGGAGUUCUAGAGAAUUUCUCAGAGGGUGAGAAAUAUGCUGAGCAUUUACUGAGGAAAUACAUUCGUAAUAAGUCCCCUGAAAUCAUGCCGUCGAUCAACAUCUUUUUCGCAGAUCCUGAUCGUAGCUAAAACUUCUAUAUAAAUCUAUUUCGAGAAAGACUGCUUUCAAUUUCAUUACAUUAUUGAUUUUACCAUGAUUUGAUAAACAAAUUACUUUCGAGUUUUCUCCGUUGUAUGAAUUAAGUUGGAAUUCAAACUCGCUCGCCGACUGUUUUAUAGAUAGUUCUCUUUAUUUCCUUCAA